AUGAAAGGGGUGAGAAUGAAGAUGGAACAGAAAUACAAUAAAUUAGUAGGAUCAAGCAUUGCAGGGAUGGUGUAUAUGUGCAAGCAUCUAGUCUUGGAACCUUGGAAGCAGAUUAUUAAACAUUUGAAGGCGCUUGCUUUGGAUGUUCCUGUCAGUGGUUGCAACUUAGGCCCAGUCCACAAGCAGGAUGUCAUGAAAGCAACUGCCAUACUGAAGAGGAAAGAAGAGUAUGUAGCCAUCUUGGCCUUUGAUGUCAAAGUAAUGCCUGAGGCUUUUGAACUUGCAGCUGAAUCGGGUUUUACUGAUCACAUUAAUAAAUUGAAAGAUGAGAUGAAGAAGCAAUGUGCAGCUGACGCAGUGUUCCCAUGCACCCUUAGGAUUCUUCCAAACCGUGUCUACCAUAGCAAGGAUCCAGUUGUUUGUGAUGUUGAAGUUCUGGAAGGCAUUGUCAAGGUGGGAACCCCAAUUUGUGUUUGUGUUCAAAGUAAGGAUAGCAGUGCUGAUGUGAUUCAUGCCCUUGGGAGGAUCUCAUCAAUGAAAACAUCCAAUGGCAUGCAGAUCAAUUCUGCCAGUAAUGGCGUUGUCAUUAAAGGAUGA